AUGUCUUCAAUCGAAACAAAUAAUGGUAAAGGUUUUCCAUCCGCAAAACAGUUUCGACGGAGGCUGUCUUUUCGAAAUAAGCCAACUCCAGUUCCGGAACCAAUAUCUAUAAAUGGCCUCAAUUCGGUGCGAGGGAGCAUAAGACGCUUUCGUCGUGUUUCUGGAAGUGUUUCAAGUGCGCAAACAUCCUCAAACUCAACAACAGAUCCCACAAAUAUCGACCAAUCAACUUCUAAUUCACAGUCACCAACAUUUCCAUCCUUUCCCCGUCUUUACAAUAUAGCAUCUAUUGCCCGUGAAUUCAAAGAGAUAAAUCUUUCACAAAAGACUGCUGACUUAACGGCUGCUGUUACAGAAAUGGGUGUUGAAUUGGGUAAAAAAGGCGCAGAAUUGAGCAGUAUGGCUAAGGAUGUUGUCAAGGAUGCUGUUGUUGAUCGAUGGAAAAAACGAAAAGAAGAUUCUUCGUCAAAUAGUAUUCUUAGCACCAAAAGAUUUAUAUCUAGGGAGAACAUUUUUGGUGCACCGCUUAAAACUGCUGUCACCUUAACACGUGUUGAAAAAGAUAUGAAACAAAUUUACAAAGAUCCAUCUAGGUAUUGGGUACCAGCAUUAGUUCUAAGAUGUAUAGAAUUUUUGGAUAUUCAUGGUUUAGAAGAAGUUGGUAUUUAUCG